CAGGUAAUUCUUGGAAAUGAGGUUUUGUUACAGUUUGCCAUCCAAAUCACCAUGGGAAUGCAGUAUUUGGUAAGAUUUCUUUUUGUGGUACAGUGACCCAAGUUUUAUAAAAUAUAUACCUAAUUUAAAAUUACAAUGAUGUCUAAUUAAAAUAAGAAAGUUAAUAAGUACUAAAAAGUGGUCACCAAAUAUUAUCAGAGAAAACUUGCUCUUGUUAACUACGCUUUUUCUGGAAUUAUUGCAGGAAAGUAAAAAGCUCGUGCAUCGUGAUCUUGCAGCUAGAAAUAUCCUCGUAGCCACUGAGUCGCAUGUGAAGAUCAGUGAUUUUGGAUUGAGUCGUAUUUAUGACGACGAUUAUUACCGAAGUCACAGAGAGAAUCAGAGAUUACCAAUUAGAUGGUAAGUACCUUAUUAUAGGAAAUUAACGAUGCACUUUAUUAAUGCGGAUUUUAAAGUGUCUAUGCGACAAUUUUUUUUAUGAUUGGAUUGCAAAGUUCAUUUAAAAUCACAAUAUAACUUGUUUUCUAAAACUUUGUAAUAUUUCCUGUAUGUCAAGAUUUUCGACUUUGUUUGAUAUACAAAUGUGACUUAAAUGACGUCACACUGCAUAAUUCGUUUUACAGAAGACUGUGUUGUAGCUUGUUAAAAUUCUCAUUAUCUCAAAUUUACAGACGAAAUGAUCGCUUUGAUAGCUCUUAAAGUAUGUCACUUUCAAUGUCAGUGGAAUUAUCACAUGUUUGGCAAGGAAACGUUUUCUUUCUAAAAAUCAUUAUGCAGUGUGACGUCAUUUAAGUCUGAUUUGUAUAUCAAACAAAGUCGAAAAUCUUGAUUUACAGGAAAGAUUAUAAAGUUUUAGAUAACAAGUUAUAUUAUGAUUUUAAAUGAACUUUGCAAUUCAAUCAUAAAAAAAAUUGUCGUAUAGGCACUUUAAAAAUUCGCGUUAAUUUAAUUAAUGUUAAUUUAUGUUAUCGUUAAUUUCAAGCAUGCAAAUUUUAGUUAUUGUUAAUUAAAAAGACCUUGAUUUGUUUUAUAUAACACGAACUUUUUUAACUCAUAUUAAACCUCAAAACAAAAACAUCAGUCCACCUCUUUACUGUCACUGUCGGCAGAACCUUAAAGGACAUUGGCACCCAAAAUUUUUUAUUACUUAUAUCUAUUAGGUAUACUUGCGGACUAUUUAAUUUCAUAUUUUGGCCGGUUUGUCGCGUUUCGUUGUUGAGAAAAUUUGAUAAAAAGUUCAACAGUUGUCCGCCAUUUUGAAAAUAAGCGCGUAUGCUAAUUUAUGCCACAAAAUACAUUAUCUGACGUCAUUGGCUGGGUAAACACAAUUUCAUGACAAUAAACAAUACCGAGUAUUGCCACGCGUAGUGUAUUUUGAGCCGAAACAAAAGCCAGCAAAGUUUUACCAAGUAUGUAACUUGUUUGUAACACUAUUUCUCAUAGUAUAUAUCCUACUCCGUGUUAAAUAAACGCAGAAAUUCGAGUGUAACAAGACAAAUACUAAUGCAAUAUUUUAUGAUCAAUUACCUGUAUUGUAAAUUGCGCCAUUCCUUGCUUUCCCAGUCGCUCGAUAUGUUUUUAUCUGAUAGUGUAGACUUAUCUUGUUUGAUUGCGAAGAGUGUUGGCCAGUAUAACGCUCAAAACGGCAUAUUUUUAGCUAACAUAACACGCACGCAAUAGAAUUCUCUCUUGUAGUUUUGGUGCUACCCAUCCAAUGACGUCACAAAGUUCAUUGACCCCCGAGAUGAUUUUUCAAAAAAUAUUUCCAAGAUGGCGGCGAAACAAAGUUUGCAUGCAUUUUUAUUUUCACUCGUAGACUAAAAUGUUUGAGAACGAAAUGAUAAUAUUUUCAUAGUUAGGUCGUCAAGUAGGAUUGAAAUAGCCAAUAAAAAUUUUCGGUGCCAUUGUCCUUUAAGCUGAACUAUAUAUUUAUAUACAUUGGCUUAAACAGUGACUGUAACUUUCAACGUUACAGUUUUGAUAUAUCUACUCGCGUACUGUUUUAAUUGGUAGUAUAUAAUAUUUAACUUUUGCUGUUGUGUUUAUAUUCUUCGACUCGCGUUAGUUAAAUUAACUUGUUAACCAUAAACUGUCAGAUUCGCGUUAAUGUAACCAGUUUUAGAAGUACCUGAAAGCAAUUCGCGUUAAUUAGAUGACACGUUAAUUUAUGUCGCGUUAAUAAAGUGUAUCGUUAAUUUCCUGUAAUAAGGUAAUACUGCUUCUUUGCUCUACACUGGAAGGAGAACCUUCCACAACUUCAACUGCGCGGACUUGAUAUCUAGCUAAUCUACUCCAGUCGUCAUAGUCAUAGAUUUGAAAUAUUACAUCCAGACAUUCCAACUCUUCCGAUUUUACCGGGAGUCUCCCGAAAAUUUAUGCAAUCUCCCGGUCUCCCGAUUUUUAUCAAAUUCUCCCGAUUUUUCAGAAUAUUCAAGAAAUAUCAUUAAAAAAAUGAUAAAUAUACUGUUUUUAGCAACAUAAUAGUCUGUCUUGACCUUUUUUGAAGUUACUUUAUGGCAAUUUAUAGGAUCACUUAUAACAACAUAGUCCCAAAAUGCAGGAAACGCCAUUUCAGAAGACUUAAUUUUUAUUAUUUUUUCCCAGAAGAACUAGAUUUCAAUUAACUGAACAGUCUCCCUAAAUUUUACCUCCAGUGGUUGGAAUGUCUGUACAUCCCAUGCUGUUAAUUCGUAUAGGUUGGCUCCUGAGUGUUUGGAACAAAAGAAAUUCACUGUUUAUAGCGAUGUUUGGAGUUUAGGCGUUACCUUGUGGGAAAUGUUUUCUUACGGGAAACGUCCUUAUGAAGAUUGGAAAUUCAAAUUUACCUCAGAGGUCAGUUUUGAUCACUUACUUUUUCUUUCCCAGGUUUUUGCACUGGCUGACACUUCGCGCAGCAUUGGGGCAGCGAAUUAUGUUCCCAACAUAUGAGCACCUUUUAAUUUGUACCUGGAAAUCUCAGUUCUUGGAAUUCUGCUGCCUUAUUAAAUUUCAUGAGUAAUAUUUACCUUAAUUUAUGGUCCACUGGUUGAAAAAUUAUUGUGAAUUAAGAGAAAAUUUUUCAAUUAUGGUCCACUGGUUGAAAAAUUAUUGUGAAUUAAGAGAAAAAUUUUCAAAAAUAUCAUUUCAAAUUUUUUUCCGACGGAAAAUUUGUGUGUCGGCCAAUCACAUUUUACAAAAUAAUCUUUCUGCGGAAAAUUUUCCUGAGUGGAAUGGACCUUAAAGGCGGUUUUCCACUAGGCGAAAUUUUUCGACCGAAUCGAAAUUUCUCUUUGUUUCAGAGCUCUCGAGCAGAACUAAUUGUAAAAAGACAAAGAGAAAUUUCGUUUCGGUCGAAAAAUUCCGCCUGGUGGAAUCCGGCCUUUAAGGCCCAUUUCCACUCAAGAAAAAUUUCAACGGACAGAAAAUUUUCCGAAAAUAUCAUUGUUAAAAGUUGAAAAUUUUCAACUUCAAAUUUUUUUUCCGACGGAAAAUUUGUGUCGGCCAAUCAAAUUUUAAAAAAUCUUCUUUCUGCGGAAAAUUUUCCUGAGUGAAAAUGGGCCUUUAUGGACCCAUUGCACUGACGUCACAAAUCCUUUGAGUGUCCUCCAGAUGCUCCCUAAGGCAGCAUUUACACUGUACCGUUUUCGUAGCGUUCUCGUAUUGUUCGAGAGAACUAGUCUAUUGUCUUGCGUUCCCUUGAGGAUUAAGAACAAUACGAGAACGCUACGAAAACGGUACAGUGUAAACGCUGCCUAACAGUAUCUGUUCGGGUACAACAACCACAUUCAGCGCAAAAAUUAACCAUUUUAAUACAAAAUUAUAAUAAACUUUUACAAAAUUUGCUUUGUUUACAAAAUUUAUAUUGUGCAUAGAUUGCCAAUUUGUCCUCCAGGUGCAUCGUCACCGGCGCUGUGACGUCAUGUGCAAUGGGUCUAUACCUUCCUGUUGAGAGUAGUAAUCCACAGACCCACAUUACACGUAGGACCUCCUGACAUGGAAAUUUAAUUUCUUGCAGUUGAUUCAAGCUCUAAAGUCAGGGAAACGACUUCCAAAACCGCCAGCCUGUCUUGACGAUGUUUAUGCUAAUAUUCAACAAUGUUGGGAAUUGAAACCGUUGCAAAGAAUCUCAUUCUUUCUUCUUAAGACAAUGUUGGAGGACAUUCUAAAGGAUAAAUACGCGAGGAAACCAUAUUUUCUUUAGCUUUGCGAAAACAAAAAUAUGGCUCUUGCAAACCAAACAAGGUUUGAUAGUUAACUUACCUGCAAGCGAAAUCAAAUUAUCUGCGUGUUUGGUCAAGCACCUAAAAUAUUUCCCUCGAAAGUGCAUGAACAGUCAUUUCAGAGACCACAGGGGAUACUCUAUCUCUCUUUUUGCCCCCCCCCCCCCUCUUAAGGUUUCGGAACUACCUACACCCACUUAGUUAAUUAUGUUCUUAGUUGAGCUUAGUCAAUUUAUUUGUGUGUUUAUAGUUAAAUUUCACUAUUAGUGAACAAUUAGUAAUAUCUCAAAGUUAAGGACAACCUGGUGUUUAUGAAACAGUAACGGAAUUUUAAUCUUUGGUUAGAAAUUAUGUGGUGUAUAAUAUAGCAAACUUUACUCUGUAAGAAGUCCAAGAUUUCUUUAUAUUUUAAGGUAAACUUUUAUCAAUUACCAUAUUUCCUCUAGGCCCCUGGGGGUUCGUUUUUUUCCAAUUGGCUCUGGACGGGAGGCUUGUUAUACAUUUUACCAUUAUGUAGCCGUGUCAGUAAACGAUAUAUACACAGCAGUAUUAGUAAAUGCUAUCUAGAACAUAUGUAUUUAUAUUUCGCUACAAGUUUACAUUUUUAAUUACUAGAGGGUAGGGACUUAUUCCUUUUCAGCAAGUCUGGACUGGGGGCUAAUUAGGAGGUGGGUGUUAAAUAGAGGAAAUAAUAUGGUAAGGGUGUACAACACCAUAGAUUACAAAUAACUGUAGCAUCAAAGUAUUCAAUACUCAUAUAAAGUUUAAGAGAAAACAUUGUUUCUAAUCUACUAUAAGCAUUUGAUUUUAUCUUAAACUAAACUAAGUUUUUACCAGAUGGCUCUGUCAGUUGGUAGCUGUUCUUUCUAGAGGUCCAGCAAGAGCCAUUCUCUAUUAGCUAGUCCAUGGCUAGUCGUAGGGCCUCACCUAUGGGCCUCACAGAGAAAUUCGAGAGCUCGGGAC